GUUUCCUUACCUUAAAAUGUCUAUAAGAAAAUAUCGCUGUGGUGUCGUCCAAUUGAUGGCAAUAAUGGCAUUAACUGUUAAUGUGCGGUGUGAUUUCAGAUCGAUAACGUUACCAAAGGGGGAAAUCGGCCUGAAAAACAUAGCUAAAUGGACACGCAUAAGCACUGCAAGAGAUCUUAGUCAUCAGCUUUGGGACCAAGGUUGGAGCAGCAGUCUUUCGCUUGGACUUGGCCCCACAUCCAGUGAAGUGUUAAACGCCUUUUCAGUGGCUAAGCUGGCCUCUGCUAAUGUUAUUAUUGCGCAGAAACAACUAGAGACUGCAAAGGAAAAUGUGUUAAAUCAACAAAGAAUAGCCACUGAAAAGCAAACACAAGCUUUAAUAUUGAAACAAAAGUCUCAAGCAGCGUCUGCUAUAUACCACUCUGAGGCUAUUGAACGACGUCUUGCAGCAUCCAAGUCAGCGGUGGCACGUGCAGCUGCUAAUUUUGCUGCGGCUGAAAUUAAAAAAACUAAAAAUGAAGCUGCCAAGCUUGGCCGCAUUACUCGAAAUGGUCAGCACGUUUUAUCCUUAUCGCCAGCAAGCAAUCAUUUGUCUAUAUCGUAUCUACAACCGGUUCACUUCAGUUCAUGGCUUAAUGGUCAGAGUCAUUUUCCUUAAAAGCUAUAAAAUAAACAAAACAUAUAUUGAAAUAAUCAAUAUAUCUCAUUUAGUUAUUUAAUGUAAAAGAUAUUCAUCCAUCAUCCAUAUAA